AUGUUUUAUGAUGACGAUUUCGAAGUGGAUGUGAAGCAGUUGGACGAGAAGAAGGUAACCGUCAUUGAGGAAGUAGAAGAUGAGAAACCGGAGGAACAUGUGCCGAAGCCACAGCCGCCAUCAAAGGCGAAACCGAAGUCGAAGGCGAAGGAUGCCUUCAAAUCGUUAGCCAGUGAUUUGGGUCGUGAACUCACUGAGAAGGAAAGGGAGGAGAUGCAAAAGAAGAGUGAUCUGGGUUUCGCAAAAGAUCUUUUUGGUGUGUUUAUUUCGUCAUUCCAACGCACGAAUGAUGAUGAUGAGCCAAUGUCAUAUAUGGAUAUAACGACGGUGGAAGAGUUUCGAUCGUAUGGAGAAGAGACCGGAUUGAUGCUAGCAAAAAGAGCAAAUGCAACUCAUUAUGUUGAAAUGAUGAGUGUGCUUCUUAGAGUAGCGCUCGAAAAAUGUACGUUUAUACCUUUCAUUAUUACUGUUGCUAGGUAUUUGUGCGAUCCUUCAAGCUGUUUGCGAAUCGAGGGGAUCAAGCAAAAAGCAAAAGGUAAAGGUGCAUCCGCAAAACCAACGAUGAAAAUAUCUCAGAAAACGAACGCAAAAUUGAAAGUGGAUGCAUAUGACGAUUAUGAUGGUAAUGAUGAUUAUGACGAUUAUGAUGAUUUUAUGUGA